UUUUAAUCUUAAUUUGUGUCAGGUCAAAACACGUCUGUGACCUUCGCGUGAACUUAUACUGAUUUGUUAAAACUUUUUGAUCCUUUGAGACUUGAAAGCAAAAAGAAAUACAGUUAAAUGCGCCAGUACCUUUGGUCUUUUCUGUGGGAGGAGUUAUCAAGGUAGCUACCUGAACAGACUUUUUGAGUGGCAGUUUAGGGAGCGGCUGUGAAUCUGCCGAGCUUUGCCAGCUUCCCGGGAACUGAAAUAAUUAAAGAGUGCGAAGCAAAAAUGGACAAUGUUCAAGUCACAGAUGACAUCAGUGUCCAGGCCCGUCAGGGCCACAUGGAUUAUGGCCGAGAUCCGGUAACGUCGGUAAGGAUCAUGACUGAGAGCACUACGGGCAAGACCGAUGAAGGCACGGAGGAUAGCGCCGAAAAGGACAGAGGUGACCCUUCUCAGAAGCCCCCUUAUUCAUACGUGGCUCUUAUCGCUAUGGCCAUCAAAGAAAGUCACGAAAAGAAAUUGACGUUGAAUGGAAUUUAUCAGUUUAUUAUCAGCAAAUUCCCCUACUAUGAGAAAAACAAGAAAGGCUGGCAGAACAGCAUCAGGCAUAACCUGAGUCUGAACGAAUGUUUCGUAAAAGUUCCUCGGGAAGGCAUUGGAGAGAGGAAGGGGAAUUUCUGGACUUUAGAUCCUGCAUUUGAGGACAUGUUCGAUAAAGGGAAUUACAGACGACGCCGACGGAUAAAACGACCAUACACGCAACAGUCCGUUCCUUACUUGCCAGGGAAACCAUGCUUGAAUUAUUCUGACGGCUGCUGUUCGCAUCAGAAUGCAAAGUAUUUGCAGAGCCCAUUCGUAAAUAAUGCAUGGUCCCUCUCCCAUUCAAGUCCAUUGGAGUCAAGAGCGUCAAUCAACUACCAGCAGAUGCAAACCUGCCACGGAAUUACUAACCCUGCAUCCCUGAGUGGACCCUACAAUUCCGCUAUGAACUGCUACCACCGCUUCCAGCCCAGCUACGGCGCGUAUCAUCGACACACAAACGUCCUUGUGCCCCACGGCGGCCCUUACACCGGUAUGACCCAACCAAUUAGUCCUGGAGGUGGUUCACUGUCAGGCGGCCUGUAUCACCAGCCGAACUACGGAAAACGGCCUGAACUGUCCCGCGCAGCUUAUUACGAUUAGCGCGGGGCGCUGGCGAGUCCGGCUGCGCUGUCUGCGCGUUUGCCGUCUCAAGAGAAAAAAUUAUAGGUAUUUUGCAAAUGUAGCCGCAGUACGGGCUUAAAGUAGAAGGAAUGUUGGGCACAUGACUGAUAAACACCACGUAUUAGGCGGUAUUAAGUUUAAAACGUGUCGUUAAAUUUUUUAAAAUAGAAAACUCAUUAUUUAAAAAGCGUUUUUUUUAUUUCCCGGUAAAGUAUUUUGAUAGGUAUGUUUUGUGUUUGUUCUUAAAAUUUUUGAGACAUGCACGGGAUGAAUUGGUUAAAUUGGUUAAAACUGAGUUUCUCACUGUUAAAUUACUGUUAAAAACGGUACCAACAGCUCCUGUAACGAAUAUUUACCAGGUUAAAAGUUUCCUUAUUGCCUUCGUUGUAACUUGUCUGUUGUUCUAAAAAUCUUAUAGGCUAAUUAUCAUUACAUAGCCCACUACCCAAAUGCUUAUGUUGGCAGUUUUAGCUCAUAUUCGGAAAUCUUGCCUUUCAUUAUUAACAAGUCAUCUGUUCAAAAUUAUUUUAUAUUUUUGAGGUAUUGAUUUCAUUUGUGAGUUGGGAUGAAAACAGAAAAAUGUUACCGUGUUCUAUUGACAAUGGAACUGUUUGUGUUUAUUGCUUUUCAUUAGUUCGUAGCUCAAUAAAUCGUAUUUUUGCAUAAAAUUGGCAAAAGUGGAAUGUGUUGUUUUAUUAGGCAAUAAAGAGAAAAUGGUAGCCUAUAUUUUAAAUGUGAAUCGGUGAUAUCUUACAGUUUUAAA